AUGGACCCCUCCGCCAUGUGCGUCCUGCAGACCCUGCUGGUGCUGAUCCUCCUGCCCCCUGUCGCCUCUGUGCCCUGCCCCCGGCCCUGCUCCUGCCCCCAGCCCACCGAGCUCCACUGCACCUUCCGCUCCCUCGUCACCAUCCCAGCCGCCGUGUCCAAACACGUGGAGCGCAUGAACCUGGGGUUCAAUAGAAUUAAUAAGAUCACAGACACGUCACUGGCUGGGCUGAGGAAGCUGGAGCUUCUGUUGGUGCAUGGGAAUGACAUCCACAGUCUGCCUGAUGGGGUGUUCAGGGACCUCAGUUCACUACAGAUGUUGAAGAUUAGCUACAACAAGCUGAAGGAGAUCAACAGACACACCCUCCAGGGUUUGUGGGCCUUGGCCAGGUUGCACCUAGACCACAACCAACUGGAGUUCAUCCACCCAGAUGCCUUCCAGGGCCUCACCUCACUGCGGCUGCUGCAGCUGGAAGGCAACCGGCUUCAGCAGCUGCACCCAGCCACUUUUACCACCUUCACUCUGAUGGGCUACUUCCACGUCUCCACCCUGAGGCACCUCUACCUGUCCGACAAUGGGUUGAUGUCACUGCCGUCCAGGCUGGUGGCCACCAUGCCCCAGCUGGAGAAUCUGUACCUCCAUGGGAACCCGUGGACAUGUGACUGCAACAUGAGGUGGCUUCGUCGCUGGGAUAAAACCUCUCCAGGUGUCCUGAAAUGUAAAAAGGACAAGGCACUUCCUGGUGGCCAGCUGUGUCCUAUGUGCGCCUCUCCCAGGCACCUACAGAGGGAAGAGCUCCAGGCUGUGGAGAACCUAGUCUGCAGCAGCCCCGUCAUCAGCUCUCCUCAAAGGACUUCCCCACCUGAUGACAUCGAGAGUGAGGUCAUGACCACGGAGGACUUCAGUGAACCACUUGGAAACAUCUCCCUGGGCCUGUCAGACGAGCAUGGGAAUGAAGUGGAUUUGGAGUGUAGCAUUAGCGAGCCAAGAGAGCUUACCAAGGUCAACUGGGAGCAGGUGAACCAGCUCCAGUUGGUCUCCAACAUAACUUUGUCAGUGGAUGUGGAAUGCCCUGUCGAUAGAGAAAAGUAUGAGCGACUGUGGAGGCUAAUCGCGUACUACAGUAAUGUGCCAGCCCACUUACAAAGGGGGAUUAUGCUCAGAAAAGAGCCUCAUCCAACCUAUGUGUACAGACAGGACUCUGAGAGGGAUGCCCUGUAUUACACAGGUGUUAAAGUUAAUAUCAUGGCCCAGCCGGCAUGGCUGAUGCAGACAUCUGCAGACCUUCAACUGAACAGGCUCCAGUCCUCAGCCAAGAUGGUAAAAUUGAUCCUGAGCACAGACUUCUCAGAAACAGUGGAGGCGGAGCUGGUGCGGAGAGAGAGGAGGACAUGGGUCAUGAUCGAGUCAACAAACGUGACUCAUAAAGUGUUGAGUGCUAUGCUGGGAAGCCCAAGUCAGAUGUACUGUAAUGUGCACAGUUCUGGCCAACCAAUCAUCCACUGGAUGCUGCCGGACGGCUCCAAGGUGGAGGCACCAUACAGCAGUCCAGACAACAGGGUGUCUGUGUCCAGUGAAGGACGGCUGGCCAUUAAAGCUGUCAGCCACGCAGACACAGGAAUUUACUACUGCAUUGCUAAGGUUCAUGGAGACAUUGCUGUCCUGCCGUUCCAUCUAACAGUGCAGGAAUCCUCUAGCCCUCCCCCAGGAGAGGAUGCCUCAAUUACCCCUAUUGAGGGAUUUGCAGGGAAUCCCAUUUCCCUGCCCUGCACAGCAUCUGGCUCUCCUGAUGCUGAAAUUAACUGGAUUCUACCAAACAACAACAUCGUCAGUUUCCAAGCCAACUCCUCCAGGGCGUUGGUCUAUUCCAAUGGCACUCUACAUAUCCCACAGACCCAGAUAUUGGACAGUGGUCAUUAUAAAUGCAUCGCCAUAAAUCAACAUGGUGUGGAUACACUGGCUACAAAAAUCACUGUCAUCAGGCGCAAAGGAGUGAUCAGGCCUUUGAGGAAGUUCCCAGCAAGACCUCAGUCUGCCUCUGGGGUUAACACUCAAAUUAAAGUCCCCACAGAGGAUACAGAGGAGGCGUCAGGGGACAUCGAGGUCACUCAGGUUGGGACUCCGAUAACCCGCUUGGAUCCCUCGAGGAGGAGAAUUCAAGGAGGUGUGGCUGUAGGCAGGAGGGGCGUCCAUCCAUCGAGGAAUAUGUGGCGGAGGCCGCCAAUGCAGCGAAAACCAACAGGAUCCCGUGUUGAAGACAGGAAGGAUAUAGUUGAGAACCGGAGGAAGAUUAAUAUGUCAAAAAGCAAAAUAGACCCAGAGAAAUGGGCUGAUAUUUUGGCUAAGAUAAGGGACAGAAAUGCUCAGAAUACUGUAACACCGCUCCCAGUUCAGCAUACAACAGAGUGGAAACCGACAGAGCAGACAACACAGCUGCAGGAAACUAUUGAGGGAUCAUCAGAUGGCGUGACUAUGCAGGAAAAAGAGGGCCAUGAUUACUUCACAACACCACACACUCCAGUAUUACAUACACAAACGCAAACUAAUAAACACCACACAACCCCUGAUAUGAACUUGGGUCUACACACAACUUCAAACAGUGUAUUUUUCCUCCCACAGACCACAUCUGUUCCCCUACAUGCUGUCACUUUCUGGCAAGCUAAGACAAACACUGCAAGCAGCAGCAGUACAUUUUCUCUGCAAGAGAACCAUAGCACAAAUACAGAUGUCGAUGGAGUCAAAACAGCUGAUUGGUCCAAGGCAUCAGAAAAGAGCAAGGAUACGGAUAGGCCAAAUAAUAACGAGAGAGAGCUUUAUUUGAGUGGAAGGGAAAUUAUGCCUUCGGUCAACCCGAAUCCAUCAGAAGCAAACCUCGAGGAAAAUGGAAGAUAUCUUAGUGAGGCUGCAACAACAUCACAGUCAGAUACUCACACACACAUGCUUGAUGAGUUGCAGUCAGUUGCUAUGCUUACAACAGCGUCUCCAACGACUACACUUGCACCGAUCACUGCAAGGAGGCGGUCUGAGGACCAAUCUCCCCCACGGCUGGAACAACCCAACUCCAGGAGAAGGAACGGGGGUCGUCGGAGAGGGUCAAAGAGAAGGAAACAAAAGCUGAAUGAAUCCACCCAGUUUAUUGCCACCACACCUGUAAAUGCGCCCCUAGCAACAGUCAGGACCACUGCCUCCUCACAGCUAAAAAUAGAACCAUUAGACGUUACAGCAGCCAGUUUCAAUCCCACUGUUCCAUUCAGUGGAAGCCAAGCAGCGUCAUCAGGCAGACUGAGUCAUGAAGAAAGCACAGAAUCAGGGCAUGAUGCCGAGGCAGCCACCAGACUCUCUUCACUACCAGCUUCUCCCCCCGAAUCAAAUGACGGCCUUCCACCCCUGGCCAAACCGCUACUCAAAAGCACAUCAGUGGCACCAUCAUUUCCAACAGCCUCUCCAGGAGUGGGUCACGGAAAGACAAGUUCUCAAACAGCCAUGGGAAUCUCGGAGAGCGUGUCUCCUCCAGAACAUUUGAAUAUGUUCACAUCAGCCACUCAGCAGAGGUUUCUUCCACCUGUUAACCCCUUAGAGGAGACACAAACUGUUUCAGAAGACCUCGUGCCAAGCUCCGACAGUUCCUCUGGAGGUUCUCACGAUGCAACACAAGCGCAAACAGAUGUCAGGCUGAAUCAAUCAGGCCAUCAAUACACACCUACCCAAAAGAUGCUUUUCAAGGAGACUGGCAUGCUUUCUUUCCUGCUGCCAUCUCCGUCUGCCUCAGCUGCUUCCUUGAUUGAGCGUGAAGUCACGACAACUUCUGGAUACACUUCAAGAGGCUUGAUUACAGCGCAGAGCAUGCUUUUUGAGGGUGAUUUGGACACAGAAAAGGUUAGCACAAGUAAAUCUACAGUGCCUGAAUUGCAUCAUAGUCCUAGUCAAAAUAUAACCUCAAGCAGUGAGUCAGAGGUAGAUAAGCAUCCUGAAGAAACUGCAAACACUGGAAUUAAUGUUGAUGUUGUUAUCACACAUCCCUCUGCUGCUUCAUCAAGGCCUGAUGCUGUCAGCCCAUCCAGAGUGGUACCAUAUGUCACACCACCUGAAACGUCUUCCAUAGGAGCAAAAAUGGGCCCUUCAUUGAGGGCCACCACUCAGGAAGCUCCCACAAUCAACAACAUUCCAGACAUCAAUAGUCAAGACCAACAAAUCCAACACACCGCCACAUCAGAACCUCAGGGAACAUCAGACUUCCAGCCAACUGACCACAAACUGGCUCUGUUUAGUAUAAAUCCAACUUUCCCAGUCCUAACAGUGACCAGUGAGCAGACAUUCAAGCAGACGGCCACCCCUGCCCCAACAACUGCUGCAAUCCGAACUGAUCCAUUCAAAGAGGGGCUGCUAACAAGCACUCAGGAUGCGUCCGGAAAGCACCACCUACCUGGACAAGGAUCUAUUCCAAGAGGGAAGCCAAGAAUAACUACGAGCAAUUUCCAGAGUUUCACUGUGAAAGCUGAAGCAGAUGCUCAGCUUCCCUGUAAGGCCGAGGGUGAGCCAAUGCCCUUCCUGUCAUGGACUAAAGUUGCUAGUGAGAUGAGUAUUGCUCAGAACACCAGGAUCCAGAGGUUUGAGGUCCAUCCAAAUGGUACCUUAAUCAUCAGGACAACACAGCCAAUGGAUGGGGGCCAGUACCUGUGCACAAUCCAGAACCAGUAUGGCACAGACAAGAUUGUGGUCAACCUUGUGGUCCAGUCUCAGCAUCCACAGGUCCUCCAGCCACGGGAGAGAGACAUCACAGUGCAUCUAGGUGGCAAAGUCGAUUUGGAGUGUACAGUGGAGGGUCACCCUACACCUCGAGUCACGUGGGUGCUCCCUAACCAUGUCCACAUGGCUGCUGCCCCGCUUGGUGUUGCCCCUCAGCAGCGUUUGGCCAUCUUGAGUAACGGAACCCUCCGGAUCAGCCAGGCCACUUACACAGACAGAGGGAUUUAUAAGUGCAUUGGCAGCAGUGCAGCCGGAGCUGAUACAGUUUCAGUUCGCCUUUAUGUCUCAGCGUUGCCACCUGUGAUUCAGCAGACACAACGUGAGAACACCACACUCCCAGAGGGCAGCACUGCCUACAUCCACUGCACUGCCACAGGUGCCCCGCAGCCCGUCAUACGCUGGAUCACACCUGACGGCCUGCAGCUCACUGCUUCCCAGUUUGUUAGUGGACGUAACCUCAUCGUUUUUCCCAAUGGGACCCUCUUCAUACGGGGGUUUGGCUCGGACAAUGUUGGGAGAUAUGAGUGCUCAGCCAGUAACGCUUUGGCGUCCAGCAGGAGAACAGUGAUCUUGAGCAUAAGGAGGAAUCCGUCCUCUGCCAAGGCUAGUAUCGUGUCAUCGUCCCCUCAGAGAACAGAUGUGAUCUAUGGGGGGAGACUGCUGCUCAACUGUGUGGCAACAGGAGAGCCCGAGCCCCGGAUCAUCUGGAGGACACCCUCUAAGAAGCUGGUAGAUGCUCAGUACAGUUUUGACCCCAGGAUCAAGGUGUUCCCCAACGGCAGUAUAACUGUCCAUCCUGUGACCAACGAGGACAGUGGCGACUACCUGUGCGUGGCGCGUAACAAGAUGGGCGAUGACUACGUUCUUCUGCGGGUCAACGUGCUGACCAGGCCAGCGAAGAUCAAGCAGACGCAGCAGCAGUCCAGUCAGGAGGUGAUUUACGGUGGAGACCUAAAGGUCGACUGUGUGGCCUCUGGCGUCCCCAACCCCAAGAUCAGCUGGGCGCUUCCGGAUGGCACCAUGGUCAACCCGAUCAAACAAAGAGAUGGUUUCACCGGGGGGCGUAGUCGCAGAUACGUGGUGUUUGACAAUGGGACGCUGUACUUCAACGAUGUGGGCAUGCCAGAAGAAGGUGACUACACCUGCUAUGCUGAGAACCAACUUGGCAAAGAUGAGAUGAAGGUUAGAGUCAAGGUCAAGGUUGCAGCUUCCCCACCAAAAAUCCAGGAUAAAGACAAAAAGGUCGUCAAGGUUUUCUAUGGUGAGACUGUUACACUGAGAUGCAAUGCCAAAGGGGAAUCAAUGCCGGCCAUCACGUGGAUAUCCCCUACAAAUAGAGUGAUCUCCCCAGCUUUAGACAAAUACCAGGUCCUGGAUGAUGGCACACUGGUCGUUCAAAAGGUCCAACGUUUUGAUGGAGGUAACUACACCUGCAUGGCCAGGAACAAUGCAGGACAAGACCAUAAAGUCGUCAGGCUGGAGGUCCUGGUGGCAUCUCCAGUGAUCAAUGGCUUAAGUGGAACUACCAACACCGUCAAGGUGACCGCGGUUCAGGAUCAGCGGAAGUUUUUGGACUGUGUGGCGAAGGGAACCCCCACCCCUCGCAUCAUGUGGGUUCUACAAGGAAAUGUAAUCCUUCCUGCGCCAUACUACAGCAACAGAAUGACAGUUCAUCAGAAUGGUACCUUAGAAAUCCGGUCACCCAAAAGGACAGACUCAGGGCAGCUGGCUUGUAUUGCUCGUAAUGAAGGAGGGGAGGUCAAGCUGGUGGUUAACUUGGAUGUGAAGGAGACUGUCGAGAAGCCGCCAAUUAGAGGUCCCAGAACAGAUAGCCUGUCACUGACUGUGGGGAAUACCAUGACUUUGAAUUGUUCCUUUGAGGGCUCAGCACUAUCUCACGUCACUUGGAUCUUACCCAAUGGUACACCUUUGCAUAGUGGUGCUCAGUUCUCUAAGUUUUUCCACCGACCAGAUGGCUCCUUGAUCAUCAGCAACCCCUCUGUCGCUGAAGCUGGUAUGUACCGCUGUCUGGGACGUAAUUUCCGAGGGCUUGUGGAGCGUACAGUUACAUUAUCCCCAGGGAGAAGGCCAGAGAUCAUCAACAGAUACAACACUCCUGUCAGCAUCGUGAAUGGCGAAAGACUUUUGCUUCAUUGUCUAACUAGCGGUGAACCCCUCAGACUUACAUGGACACUACCCAGUGGGGUUGUCCUCAACAGGCCACAGAGAGCUGGACAGUAUGCCGUCCUGCCCAAUGGGACACUUGCCAUCCAACAAGUAUCCAUCUAUGAUCGGGGGUCAUAUGUUUGCAGAGCUGCAAACGAGUAUGGCAGCUCUCCGCUUUCUGUAUCGGUAAUUGUGAUUACAUACCCCCCGAGAAUUACCAACGGCCCCCCCUCUGUGACUUACGCUAAAAGUGGAGUUGCCGUUCAGUUGAACUGUGUAGCAACUGGGAUCCCUAGAGUGGAUGUAGCUUGGGAGACACCUGACAAAGCCCGCUUGGCUGUCAGCGCACAGCCACGCCUUUUUGGAAACAAGUACCUCCAUCCGCAAGGUUCCCUCAUCAUCCAGAACCCAACGAAAAGAGACAGUGGUGUCUACCGAUGCACGGCCAGGAAUGCUGUCGGCAUAGACUCUAAAGUUACAUUUCUCAAUGUGUUCUGAAGAAUUUCAUGUUUCACCGCGGUCCAUUCCCAUACUGUAUGCCCAAGCAACUGCCUCCUUAAAAACAGCUGAUGUUUUUAAUGAUCAAAAUAUUGUGAAAACUGCUGUCACAAUGAUGGAAUAAUGAGCUGAUUGAAAAUUGAUAGUGUUUUCUCUGCCAUCGUUUGCCACUUCCACCAUUCUGUGUGUAAUGCACAUCCCUGGGACAGAUCAAUGGACCUCCUAUUUUGAGCAUUUAUUUUUUAUAGCCAAAGAGAUUAUAUUUGCCAAAGAAAUUGUGAUU